AUGCAACCCGGGGCAGCCGCCGCCAUGGAGCCCGCGCCCGGCCCGCAGGAGAAGUAUCAGCUCAUCACGCGGAACCUGCAGGAGGUGCUGGGCGAGGAUAAGCUCAUGGCCAUCCUGAAGGAGCGGGAGCUGAGGAUCUACUGGGGCACAGCCACCACGGGCAAGCCCCACGUGGCCUAUUUCGUGCCCAUGUCCAAGAUUGCGGAUUUCCUGAAGGCUGGGUGUGAGGUGACAAUCCUCUUUGCUGACCUCCACGCUUACCUGGACAACAUGAAGGCCCCCUGGGAGCUGCUGGAGCUGCGCACCCGCUACUACGAGCACGUGAUCAAGGCCAUGCUGGAGAGCAUCGGGGUGCCCUUGGACAGGCUCAAGUUCGUCCGAGGCACUGACUACCAGCUCAGCAAGGAAUACACGCUGGACGUGUACCGCCUGUCCUCGGUGGUGACGCAGCACGACGCCAAGAAGGCAGGGGCGGAGGUGGUGAAGCAGGUGGAGCACCCCUUGCUGAGUGGUUUGCUCUACCCAGGCCUGCAGGCGCUGGACGAGGAAUAUCUCAAGGUGGACGCACAGUUUGGAGGGGUUGACCAGAGGAAGAUCUUCACCUUCGCAGAGAAGUACCUCCCUUCCUUGGGCUAUGCCAAGCGUGUCCAUCUGAUGAACCCGAUGGUUCCUGGGCUGACAGGCAGCAAAAUGAGCUCGUCAGAGGAGGACUCCAAGAUUGAUCUUCUGGACCGCAAGGAGGAUGUGAAGAAGAAGCUGAAGAAGGCUUUCUGUGAGCCAGGGAACGUGGAGAACAACGGUGUCCUCUCCUUCAUCAAGCACGUCCUCUUCCCCCUCAAGUCAGAGUUUGUGGUGCUGCGAGAAGAAAAAUGGGGAGGAAACAAAACCUACACGGAUUAUGAGGCCCUGGAGAAGGACUUUGCUGAGCAGGUCGUGCACCCCGGAGACCUGAAGAACUCGGUGGAAGUGGCCCUGAACAAACUGCUUGACCCCAUCAGAGAGAAGUUCAACAACCCAGAGCUGAAGAAGCUGAGCAGUGCUGCAUAUCCCAACCCGUCCAAAGCCAAGCCUGGAGAGAAGGGCACCAAGAACUCGGAGCCAGAGGAAGUGAUCCCAUCCCGGCUGGACAUCCGCGUGGGCAAAGUGAUCAGCGUGGAAAAGCACCCAGACGCAGACAGCCUGUACGUGGAGAAGAUCGACGUGGGUGAGGCUGAGCCCCGCACUGUGGUCAGUGGCCUGGUGCAGUUCGUCCCCAAGGAGCAGCUGCAGGACAGGCUCGUGGUGCUGCUCUGCAACCUCAAGCCCCAGAAGAUGAGGGGAGUGGAGUCUCAGGGCAUGGUGCUGUGUGCCUCCAGUGUGGGGGAGCCCCGUCAGGUGGAGCCCCUGGACCCACCAGCCGGGUGCUGUGCCGGGGAGCGCGUCUACGUGGAGGGGUACGAGGGCGGGGAGCCCGACGAGGAGCUCAAACCCAAGAAGAAGGUCUUUGAGAAGCUGCAGGCUGAUUUCCGUGUCUCUGAGGACUGUGUCGCGCAGUGGAAGCAGAGGAACUUCCUGACCAAGCUGGGGAGAGUCUCCUGUAAAAGCCUCAAGGGUGGAACCAUCAGCUAACAAGUGCCAGGGCUGCUGCUCGUGCCUCCUGCCUGGCCCCCGCCACCACCUCGGUCUCUGCCAUCUCCCCCUCAGUGCCCCGAGCUGGGGGCUCAGCCCUGCGGGACCUGGAGGCUCUGGGACUGAAUUGGCAGCCUCCAACAUCCCCCUGGGCCUCAUCUGUGGGCCAGCACUGGGGACUGGAGGUGGCAUCCCACCUAAAGGACUUGUGUGACUCAUCCCCGUGGCCUUCAGCUCCACGCUGGGGCCAUGGGCUCGCUCCCAGUUGUGCCAUGGACUGCACUCCCUGCCCACUGGUCCCAAAUGGGAUGGCAUGUGUGGGUGCUGCAGUGAGGGCAGAAGGGAAAAGCUGCUUCUCAAACCUGUGUUGCUGCUACCAGGGCUGGGACAGCCCAGCAGGACCGUCCCCUGCCCUGCCUGGGCACCUCCUGCUCCACCCUCAGCCCACCAGGGCUGUGGCCACUGGGGCUGCUCUUUGGCCAGGAGUCCAGGGAGCACCCGUGGGUCUGUUCCAAGCCUGUGGGGGGUGUGGGCCUUAAACACUGACUCGGGAUCCAUCUGUCAUAAACCCAAUAAAACGUCAAGCUGACUGCA